AUGUCGCGGUUCUCUUGGGCAUUGCUUCUACUAGGGCACGCCGUUGCCCAGAACACUUCUGCCCUCAGCAAGCAGGAGUUGCUGAGCAGGACAUGGAGGUUCAGCAUCCCAUUCAUCGUGGCUGGACUGCUUCUAGUUCUCCUCGCCAUUGCAGCGGUUCACUACAAGAAAACAGGUGUGAUCUCCAUCGGCCCUUUUAGCUACAGCCGCGCGGACGGCUUCCAGCGCUCCUUGUGCCUCGGAGAGCCAGGUGGUCCCUAUGAAGCUAUGACAUCAGAUUCUGUGCCGGAAAUCGGGGCAGACACAGUGUCUGCUGUGACAAAGACCCCCGAGCUGCCAGGAGCUGUAGGAGCCAGCGCACCCCCAGAGGAGAAACCGCCUGAGGUGCCGGCGGAGAAGGCGCUGGCGGCUCAGGUGGGGCCGUGGCAUCUGUGGCGCUCGCGCACCUUGGUGAUGAUGUUUGUCAUCUACAUUGCAACGUCGGUUGGGGUACCCCUGUGGAAACGCCGAACAGCCUCUUGCGAAAAUGGGUUUUUCUGGGAGGACCACAUGCCAUUCCUGCUGGUGACAGUAUCCGUGAAGAUCCUGGAGCUAGGCAUCUAUGCCCUGGACUCCUCGAUCACGGGCGAACUCGACUGGGUGACCUUCUUUUUGAAGUUUCUUCCCUCAAUACUGGGCUUUGUCGACGGCUACACGGAUGCGACGGCCAUCACCAUUGUUGCAGCCUGCGACAACCCCUUCAUGCUGCCGUCGGUCGUGAUCAGCGUGGCAUCCUCUGCCAAAGCCGUGUGGGAUGCCACGCACCGCGAGCUCCUGGCCGCGGGCUCUAGAGACAAGCUGCUGGCUGUGUUGGGUGGCCGUGAUCCUGAACAGCCUGAACAGUCGGAUGACCAUGAUGCUGCAACGGAUGACCGUGAUCCUGCAAAGAGGCUGGUCAAUGUCCGUGCUGGUUGGGGGUGGGCUAUACAUGGACUCGUCUUUGAAUUUGGGGAUGGGCAGCGCCGUGGCACGAUCCUCAGCAACUCGCAAAGCAGACUGCCCCUGACAGCAGAAAACGAAGCUGCUCGGAUGGGAAGCCUCAACACAAGCCUCUUGCACGACGAAGAAGUCGUGGCCAUCUCUGGUCACCACUGCACCAGCGGCUACCUUUGCCAUACCUUGGUUCUGGAGCUUAGUUCUGGAAGAAAGAUCGCGAUGUCAGCAAACCAGCCUGACUGGAAGGGGCGGGCUUUCCGCUUUGCCGUGAGCCCAGGAAAAUCCUUUCAAGAUGUAGAGUUUCGCGAUGGCCGCUGUUUGAGGGUCUUGCGUCUGAUCCUGGCACGAAAAAAAGAGGCGCGUGACAGUUCUAUCGGCCCGGACCUCCCGAACCAGGUCCCGCCCGAGGCUUCCACCCCGGAUGUGAUCUUGGUGAAGGGUGAGGAUCCGAAGGAGCUUUCGGUCGACACACGCCUGACGAAGAAGUCUCUCUUCGAAGAGGGCACCGUCAUUGAAAUUCCAGAGGAGAUGACGCCCAAAGGGCCGAGUCCGCCACUGGGUAGCCAGGCGUUCAAGCCACCGGAGACCCCCGUUGCAGCCACAACCGCAACGUCUCCCUUCCAGGCGCCGUCGCCUUUCACGCAGACGCCAUCGGCAGCACAGGCCGGAAGCAUCUUCGCGCCGCCGACACCAGUGGAGGUGCCCCCAGACUUGCCCAUCGAAGUGGUGGACGACGAGCCGAACCAGGCCGUGGCACUUGCGCCAGCGCCCGGGUCUCCGCCCGACGUGGUGCUGCCCGAAGUGGAGGCUUGGGCCCUCGACCAGGCCGAGAAAGUCCUUUGGGAUAACUUUUUCGCCAACCCAGAGGAGGAGGUGGAAGAGGAGGAAGCCCCCGUGGCAGUGGAGGGGGCCACGGGCCAAGCCCGUGUGGAGGCGGCUGAGUGCAUCGAGGAUGAUGACGAGGAGGUGAAACCGCAGGUGGCAGCCAAAGAGGCUGCCGACGACCAAGACGAAGACGAAGACGACGAGGAAGACGAGGAGGAGGAGGAGGAGGAAGAUGAGGAGGAGGAAGACGCUGAGGACGAUGAAGAGGAGGAAGUGGAGGAAGAGCAGGUGGUGGCGCCUACUAAACCCCUCCUCACCAAGCGCCAGGAAGAGGUAGAGGUCAUUGACGAUGGCGCGGAAGACGCCGGACAGCAGGCCGGUAUACUGAUGCUUGCCACUUAA